AUGCGUUUCCUACAGUGGCGCAACAAAACUAGCGAUGGAUUCACGGCAGAUAAAUGUCUAGAGAACGGACUUUGUGAGAACGACUGGAAGAGUACGGACGAGAACGGCACGACUGUAAUGAACAUUGGAUAUUUUCGGGAUUCGUGUACAACUACAGACUGGAAGAAUGGUGGUUGUUUGAAUAUCUGCACAGAGCAAACCAAUCCAAAGAACGGGUCUUCUACUGGUUUCGUUCAAGUGACUCCUUGCGAUGGAACGGCAAACUCAACAACAUGGUGCUGCGGGAAAGAUAACAGUUGUUGCGAUACCCCUGCUGCAGUCACUAUCGCUCAAACGCUUGCGGCACAAACAUCGACCGUGGCGAGCAUAUCAACCGCCUCGGCAACAUCCAAUCCGACGACCACACACUCUCACACAUCUACCCAAACGACGACAUCAUCUUCAACUCCUUCGUCAUCCGCUUCUUCAGGUCUGUCAGACGGCGCAAAGGCUGGAAUUGGUGUUGGUGUUGGUGUUGGAGUAAUUGCGAUCUUCGCCGUGGCAUUUUUCUUCGUGCGACGACGCCAUGGGAAUAGAGCAAACGGAACGAUCGGAGGUAAUUCUAGACCCGCGCAUGACUAUUCAUAUGUCGAAGCGCCACAGGACUUUAAUCAGGGUGUUCCUGUUCAGAGUGUUCCCGUCUAUGAAAAGGGGGCUGGCCCAGAUGCCGAACGAUUCGAGUUGCCCAGCGACCCAGCUCAUGGAAAUGGAAACUAG